AUGUGUCACUCCCUCGGGGCAGUCCAAAGCGUAUCUUCCGUUCCUCCGGAUACCGUGCCACCUCGUCCGGAUACUGUGCCAGGCCAUUUUGCGGCAGGAAUGGACAGCCGAGUGGCGGCGAUCGAGGCGCGGGCAGACGCCCUCGAGCAGCGCGUGAUUGCGAUGGAGAACGUUGCGCGCGUCGUGCAGCACCUGCGGCAAGAGCAAGUAGCCAGCGCUGCCUUGCACGUGGCCCCGGCAGCGUACUACGACUGGUCGCUAUCGCAGCGUGCGCAGCUCCUGAACUGCAAGACGAGCCAACUGUGCAAGAGCAUCAUCAUGGAGAACGUUGCGUGGAAGGCAGAGAUGGUUCACGCCCCGCGCUAUGUGUGCGUCAUCGUGCAGUACGAGGCCAAGGUGAACGCGGACAAGGUCGCCAAGCUCGUGCGUGAUGCUGGCAAGGACGCCAAGGUCUCGCGCAAGCACGUCAACUUUCAGCAUGCAGCGACCGACGUCUCGGACGAGCUGACGGGCUUCCAGUUCAACGGCGUCUCGCCCUUUGGCAUGAAGACGCCGAUCCCGGUGGUCGUAUCGAGCGCGAUUCUUCCUCUCGGCUACGUCUGGCUCGGUGGCGGUGCCGUCGACGUCAAGCUCCGGGCGUCGACCGCCGACAUUGUGCGGGCGCUCGACGCACUCGUCGGUGACAUCUCCGAGCCGCGUGUCUAA